AUCGCUGUCACCUGCGCCUGGGUCUCCGCCAGCGCCUGCAUCCCCGCUCGCUCUCGACAGACCAUCUCCUGCACCGCUGAUACUGUCUCAGCCUGACAUCAAGGAGGAUCUCGAGUCGAGCGACGACGAGAUCGAGUUCCUUGGGACGGGCGUCUCCCUGGCGUCGAGUUCGAAGGCGCCAAUCGUCAAGGAGAAGGGACCAAUCGUCACGAAGAAAGAGACGAAAGGCGUUACGAGCGCUGCCAAACCCUCGGCCCCGCGACGAGAUGGUCGACGCUUUUCCGACAUUGGCAAUACAUCACGACCGGCAAAGAAGCGGAACGACCCCCGCCGCACCUCGAUGCCUUCUGGCAGUAAGCGCAAGGAACCUCAACGGAGACCUUCAUCUCGCCCUCAAGCACCUCCGGCACCCGAGGACUCAGACUCGGAGAUUGAGUGCACUGGCUACAAUCCCGCGCCUCCCUCGGUUACGAAACCGGUCAAGCGCGAGAAUACGAAUGCGCCAACGAAGCGCGAGGGUACGCAGGUACCUCCGCGAAGGCGCGAGUCGGAGCGAGCGCUGUUGGCAAAGGUCGAGCAGGAUAUCGACGACCUGUUGGGAUGACGCGCCCCGCAAUCCAGCUCACUUUUGACCCUCUUCCACUGAAUACAUGCUUUCGAGAUCGUUGCUAUGUUGUGUAAUGUAUGCUUAUCUUAUUGGGAUCAUAACUCGAAGUUCUCGCUGCUCAGCCA